CGCACAAUGGGGAAUGGAUAUGUUUGGGCCAUUUCUCAAGGAGCCUGGGCAGCUGAAGUUUUUUAUAGUGGCGGUCAACUAUUUUUCUAAAUGGAUUGAGGCCGAUCCCCUCGGGCCAUCACGCAAGCUCAAAUGAGGUGGUUUACAAAUAGAAACAUAUUUACUCACUUCGGGUUGUCGGAGUCAAUCGUAAUGGGCCAUGGCAAACAGUUUGAUUGCAAGCAAUUCAUCGAGUUCUGCGAUGAGAAGGGAUUCAUCCUACGCUUCUCGUCUGCAUCAUACCCUCAAGCAAAUGGGCAAGCAGAGGCAGCCAACAAGAGCAUCCUGCACGGCCUUCAUACAAGGUUGCUAGGCGCCAAAGGCAAGUGGGUCGAGGAAUUACCUGGUGUGCUUUGGGCGCACCAGACGACAUACAAACUGGCAACAAGGGAGUCGCCAUUUUCACUUACCUAUGGUAGCGAAGCAGUAAUCCCUGUUAGCAUACCCACCUUCAGGAUGGUGAACAAUGAGGCACAAUCAAACGAGGAGGAGCACGCGCACGAUCUCAAAAAGCCUCGUAUUAAUGAGCUUGGUGGACACUAAUAUACAAGGGUUCCUUACCUUGUAUUACCGAUGUGGUAAUUGGAUUGUCCUCAUAACAAUCCUCCCCUCAAGACAAGGAUCACAAACUUCGUGUCCUCUCCUCAGCGAUUAUCUUGAUACUCCCGACACCUUGUAUCAAUAGGCUUCUCGGCACAAGGAUUUUUCCAAACUCAUAAAUCUCUUUGAUCCGCCAAGCCCAAAUGGGGAUCUCUCCUAGAUCCACCAAACAUACACGAAUCAACUUUGACCCGCCAGACAAACGGAGAUCUCAAAUCCUGAGGUCACCAAAUGAGGGUCCCACCAAACUGACGUCCACCGCCAUAAACUGAACCAGACUCUGAUACCACUUGUCAUAACCGGGCUGCUCAUUAGUACGAUAUUGUCCUCUUUGGGCCAAGCUCGCACGGAUUAACUCUUGGGUGUCGUCCCCGAAAGGCCUCGUACUAAUUGGGCUAGGUGGAAUCUAAUAUAAAAGGGUUGCUUCCCUUGUAUUACCGAUAUGGUACUUGGAUUGUCCUAUAACAAUCUCUCUAGGAUUCGUGACCGCCAAACAAGGGAAAGAAAACAAAAUUUUCAGUGCUCAUACGCUGAUACUCGAGCUGUAGUCAGCACCACGCUAGUAAGAAAAUAAAAUUUCAAUC